GUGAAACUCCAUUCUUCGUCAAUGCCACUGCCGGUACCACAGUUCUGGGUGCAUUUGACCCAUUAAGAGCAGUAGGAAAAAUAGCAAAGCAAUAUAACAUCUGGUUCCAUGUGGAUGGAUCGUGGGGUGGAAGCGUGAUAUUUUCGGAGAAGCACAAAUAUCUGCUUGAUGGAUCCAACUUGGCUGACUCGAUAGUAAUUAAUCCUCAUAAAAUGUUAGGCACUCCAUUACAGUGUUCAUUUUUACUUGCUCAAAACUCUCAAAUAUUUGCCCACGCAAACUCACUAGGGGCCGAGUAUUUAUUUCAUCAGGGGGAUAGUCAGUAUGACUUAGGUGACAACACCGUAGGGUGUGGUCGUAAACCUGAUGCAGUAAAGUUGUUUAUCGGAUGGAAAAUAUUUGGUACCGAAGGUUACCGUGCAAGAAUCGAACAUUUGUUUCUGAUGAGCGAAUACUUAUCAAGGAGGUUGAAGAGCAACAAGCGGUUCCGAAUGGUAUUGAAAGAACAUCAGAAUUUGCAAGUUUGCUUCUGGUAUGUGCCGGAGGGGAUCAAAGAGUAUUGGCUGGUUGGAGAGAAUGAUGAAAAUAAUGGAAAUGGUUUGCGGAUUAAAAUAAAUGGAGAAGACAAAGUACUAUUGGAAACGAGUAAUAGUGAUAAUGAGCUGAAAACAAAUGGCGAGAGCAAAAACCAGAGAGAGAAAAAUUCAUGGGGAAAUUAUCUCAAAGAAUAUAAAAUAUUUAAAUGCAAGUUAUCGAAUAUAACUAAAGAGAUCCAUCAUAGAAUUAGAAAGAGGGGAAAGUAUAUGUUCGACUAUUCACCAAUAACUUUAGGCAAUUUAGAAUUGCCAUCAUUUUUCAGAGUCGUGAUCAAUUCACAGGCAAUCAAUGAGAAUUUUUUAGAUGGCUUGGUAGAGGAAAUUGAACAAAUAGGUGGAGAAGUGGUAGAAUGGUUUGUGGAGAACGGAUGGGAAAGUGAAUGGGAGGAUGAUGAACACGAGAAGACAUAUUUUGGGACAACAGAAUCUUCUGAUGAAGACGAAGACGCUUGUCAAGAAUUAGAAUCAACCGAAUCAUCUAAAAAAUUUUAUGAGGUGGAGAAGAUUCUCAAGCACAAUUAUGAUGAUCUUAAGCAUUGUUUUGAAUAUUAUAUUAAAUGGAAAGGGUGGGAUCCCGUUUUCAACAGCUGGGUUGACGAGAGGGAUUUAAAUGCUCGACAGUUACUGGAUGAGUAUUGGAGUUGCAACAGUCGUUCGGGUGCAUCUAGAAAAAAUCCACUCUCGAGAAGUGGAGUCGGUAGAUCAGUGUCUCCCUCUGCCCAACAAAAGAGACCAUCAUCGCGGUCUUCAAGUAUUCAGCCAUCAUCAAAACGGAGGCGGCAAUCACCAUCACCGGUGAGAGGUCGCUCAAAGUCUGGACAAAGGACAACCUCUCGUUCUCAAUCUAGGCAAAGAACAAACUCACGUUCACGUGAACAAUUCCCAUCACAUAGUAGAUCUAAAAGACAGCAUCCUGGAGUUUUAUUAAAUAAGGAUUUUUAUGAAGGUUCUAACUCGGUUAUCAUUCCCGAGGAUGAUGAUGAUAUUUCAUCCCAAUGCAUUUACGAAAAUGAUGAUUCAGAAGUAGAACCGUGUCCCUGCAGAAAGUCCGAGGACUGGGAGAUCGAUGUUACUGAUAUUUGGAGGAUUGACUUAAAUGCGAACAAUAAAUUAGUAGUGUUUCUGGAAUGGGAAUCUGGUCAUGUGAUACCUCAUCCACUUCGUGUGGUUGAAGAAAGACUUCCAAUAAAGUUGGCUAAAUAUUAUAGAUCCAUAUUAAAGUUUAAGUUAGCUAGUGAUAGUUAUCAAUAUCGUGAGCUAGAGAAUUAUAAUCAAGCAAUAAGAAUAAAAGACAGGUUUUACAAUGAAGUAACCAGUGAGGAAGAAUAUUUUACGAAUUAUGACCAAUUCGGAGUUAAACUCUAUGUCUGGUUUUGGAAUGUCACAUUAUUGAGCGUGAUAAAUUUAACGUUGGGAAUAUUUCCACAGACAACAGCUAUCGGUCUAAUCCUUUCCGCCAUUUAUGCAUUUACCACAUCACUCAAUUAUUUCCGCGGUCAACCGUUGACAUGUCCACGCCCAUACAACCCGGAAUUCUACCUAAAUAAUGGAACUUAUAUUACUCCAGAUAUUGAAGUUCCAUUGUGCAAUACAUGUGAAUAUCAUUUAAAAGCAGCUGUUUCGUCAUGGGUAAUUGUAGGCCUUUUUGUAAUAAGCUUUGCAUAUUAUUAUAUUUUGUUACCAUUUAUUAUUUUGAUGUACAAAAUGGACGAAGAAAGGAGUCGCAUAAAAAAAAGAAAGUUGGUUAAAAGAGAGAGUGAGGAGAAUGAGUGGAUCAUAAGAAUUAAACAGAAAGGAGAUGAUAAUGAACCAAUUUAA